UGUACUCGCGCUGCAGUGUUUUUACCGGGAGAGGGUUGAGCCUGAGCGAUGUGAACUGAACUGAACUGAACUGAGUUCAGUGCAAUGGAGACGUUUUGGCAAGAAUGAAACUUCAAAAGAAUGAAACUAUACAAUACGAUGCAAAACUAUAUGAAACAAAAGUCAAACUUGAUGAGUUCGCGUUGCACCACGCAUAGACCACUUGGAAUUGUGUGGUUUCUGCCACAAGGAGACUGGACUUUGUCUUUAGGACUCCAGCCGACGUCAACACGGACGUCUAGACCUAAACACGGACGUCUAGACCUAAACACGGACGUCUAGACCUAAACACAGACGUCUAGACCUAAACACCGACGUCUAGACCUAAACACGGACGUCUAGACCUAAACACGGACGUCUAGACCUAAACACGGACGUCUAGACCUAAACACGGACGUCUAGACCUAAACACGGACGUCUAGACCUAAACACGGACGUCUAGACCUAAACACGGACGUCUAGACCUAAACACGGACGUCUAGACCUAAACACGGACGUCUAGACCUAAACACAGACGUCUAGACCUAAACACAGACGUCUAGACCUAAGCAUGGCUGCUACGCUGCCAUCUACACUGCCCAGACCAGACUGUCAUAUGGACAGGAGUGGGAGCUUCUUUAAGGUCUCAGAUGGACUCACAGACUCAGACCUAAGCAUGUCUGCUACGCUGCCCAGACCAGACUGUCAUAUGGACAGGAGAGGAAGCUUCUUUAAGCUGAUAGACACGUUUGCGUUGGAGAUAGGGGAGCUGAAGCAAGAGAUGGUCCAGACCUCCCCAACAGAGGACAGAGACCCAUACCCUAUGGUUCUACAGGGGUUGGAGGGGGAGUUGAGCGGGGUUUACCUCCAGUCCUCGCCCUGUGCUGGCACCAGUGGUGAAAGGGAUUCUGGGUACGACUCCCUGCGUAGGAGGAUGAGCGUGCUGGACAGACUGAGGCAUACGCACCCCGUGUGGCUCCUGCUCACUCUCAGUGACACGGAGGCCACACAUAUACUGCUGCAGCAGCCUCCAGGGGUAUUCCUGGUGAGGAAGUCAUCCUCUCUUCAGAGGAAAGUUCUGUCUCUAAGGGUCAGUGAUGAUGACGCAUCAGGAGGAGCCGGCGUCUGUGACUUCCCUGUCAGAGAGAGUCAGUACACCUUUUCUCUGGAAGGAUCUGGGAUCAGUUUUGCAGACCUGUUUCGCCUGGUGGCCUUCUACUGUAUCAGCAGGGACGUCCUUCCCUUCACCCUGAAUCUCCCAGAAGCCAUUGCAGCCUCCAAGACUCAGAAAGACCUGGAGGAGGUGGCCCAACUAGGAGCAGGAUUCUGGCACUCUGCUCUAGGCAGCCUGCAAAGGACAACCACUCCCUCUCGCCCUCCACCACAGCGCCUUGACAGAGACGGUGACAUCCAGGGUGCAGAAAGGACACAAGAGAAACAGAGUGCGACUUGCCACAACAGCGUUCCUCCAGCUCGUCCCCCUUCCUCCUCCUCCUCUCGCCUGGAGAGAAGCCAGUCCAACGGGGCUCUUUGCUUCGUCAACCCCCUCUUCCUCCAGACACACCGGCGGCUUGAGGAAGACCCUCAAUCCUCUUCCUCCUCUCCUUCCCCCUACGUCACACACUCCACCCCCAGCCCAGGAACUACCGGUGGGACGUCUUCAGCCCCUGUCACGGACCCCAACGUGACCAGGAAGUCACGUCCACCUCGGCCCCCGCCUCCCCAUUCCCGCUUAUUCCCGCCCCCCCGUUCCCUCUCCCAGCGCCGCCAAGCUCCCCCUCCCCCCACCUCUCUACCCCAGAAGCCCAAGAGCAGCAUGCCCGAAACGCCCGCAGCCAUUGUUGUCACCAGGCAACCACUGCAACCUUCAUCCAAUCAGAACCUUCGCCCCACCCCUCGCCCUCCCAUGGGUGCCAGGCACAGCAGCCAUUCCAAAAAGAUGACAAGCAGCGCCGCCAUCCCUGUGCCCCACCAACACCCUCAGCACCCUCCUCCCCGACGCCCCAAUAAACCUGACAUCGACGCCCACCGGUGCCACAUCGCUCUUGAUGACGAAACUAUCGCCAAGGCUCUGUCCCGUGCCAAGCUUCCCCGUGCCAGGCACCGGCCAUACCCACUCCCUCCAUAGUGGGAUGGUGCUGGUAGCCCUCCCAGCCCUCCGGGUAAGACCCCCAGGCGAGAGGGACAAGAGGGGAGGCUGAGCGACAUGUCCAUCUCCACCUCUUCCUCAGAUUCUCUGGACUACUCCCAGCUUCCCCUCUCCCUCCCUGCCAGCCCCCCUCUCAGAUUACGGCAUCACCUUGGCAACAACAAGGACAGCAGCGACGACGAAGACCUCUGUGACGAAGAAGAGGAAGACUACGGCGUCAGCCUGGAGAACGACCUGGACCAGGGCCUCCGUCCUCCCUUCAAAGCCCGUCGGAGAGGGGUCGGAGUCGGGGUCAAAGUUGCACUGAGCUUCCGGAAAGUUUCUGGAGUCUUCAGCACGUUCAUGACCCCAGAAAGGCGAGCCGUGAGGAGGAUAGCGGAGCUCUCCAGGGACAAGAGUUCCUACUUUGGAUGCCUGGUUCAGGAUUAUAUCAGUUUUGUACAGGAGAAUAAGGGGUGUCAUACGUCAGGCUUAGACCUCCUGCAGACCCUCAGACAGUUCAUGACCCAGAUGAAGGCCUACCUGACGCAGAGCUCCGAACUGGACCCGCCCAUCGAAUCCCUCAUACCCGAGGAUCAGAUAGACUCUGUCCUGGAGAAGGCCAUGCACAAAUGUGUGUUGAAGCCGCUGAAGGGCAUAGUGGAAGUGGCCCUGCAAGACUUCCAGGUGAGCAGUGGAGGCUGGCAGCAGCUGAGGGAGAACCUGGCCCUGGCUAAGACCCGGAGGCCCCAGGACCUGGGUGUGGACGGGGCCGUGCCCCCUGACCCCAUGGCCAUCGAGAAGAUCCGCCACAAGUUCCACAACAUGAGGAAGAUGUACUCCCCGGAUAAGAAGGUGUCGCUGCUGCUCCGAGUGUGUAAACUCAUCUACACCAUCAUGCAGGAUAACUCAGGGAGGAUGUACGGAGCAGAUGACUUCCUACCGAUGCUGACCUAUGUCCUGGCCCAGUGUGACAUGCCUCAGCUGGACACUGAGAUCCUCUACAUGAUGGAGCUGCUGGAUCCCACACUGCUACAUGGAGAGGGUGGCUACUACCUCACCAGUGCGUACGGGGCCAUGGCUCUCAUCAAGAACUUCCAGGAGGAACAGGCAGCCAGGGUCCUCAGCUCCGAGGCCAGAGACACCCUGCAUCAGUGGCACCGCCGACGCACCGCCCAGCGCACGGCACCCUCCGUGGACGACUUCCAGAACUACCUGCGAGUCGCCUUACAAGAAGUCAACAGCGGCUGCACAGCCAAAACCCUCCUAGUCCACCCGUACUCCACCACCGAAGAAGUAUGUUCGCUCUGCGCCUACAAGUUCAAAGUUCAUGACCCCGAGAACCACUCCCUCUUUCUCAUCACUGAGGCAACCAGUCAGCAGCUAGCCCUGGACACACACCCCCAGCGAAUCAAAGCAGAGAUACACAGCCACCCAAACUCGCAACCCUUCCAUUUUGUCUACCGCAGAGUGCCCAACCUUAACCUGUGUAUACCAGCUAUCCCAGCUAACCAGCACAAUGGCAACUGCCUACUGCCUAGCCAAUUAGAUGAAUGAAACUGAACUGAAUUGAAAUGAAAUAAAACCUUAUUGAUCCCUAGAGGGGGUCAUUGGAUUUUUCACUAGUGUGCAAACACAUACAGGAACAAUUCAGACUCAUACAUCAGCACACAUAGACCUGAGAGAGCACUGAUGGAUGGUGGAACAAGUACAAUACCUGACUGCUGAGACUGAGGCAGUCCUAAUAUGGACACCACCCGGGUAUGAUGGAAUGACACUGAAUGGUGAUACUGAGGAUGUCCUAAUAUGGACGUGUAUCCAUAGAAUGGUAGUGAAUGGUGGAAAUUGAAAAAAUACACUGUAUAUUUCAACUAUAGGGUUAGAGAAUGUUGCUGUGUGUUGUGAAGGGAUCCUAGACUACUCAAUGGAAAAAGUAGUUCCUAUUCUUCUAAAAGGAGACAGAAAGAGGAAGCAGGUGUGGAGAGAAGUGUCUGGUGUCUGCAUGCAUUUCACUCUCUUUUUAGGGAUACGGCACGUGAGCGUCAGGAGUUGGUUGGUCAAGUCCAGUGUCGGGUCAGCUUGGACUUUGUGUUUCCUAAAGAAGGAGCACAAAAUGGCCGCCGCAGAGCCCUCCAUACUAUGAUACGCUCGCUCUGAGAACUGACUGACGUUUAUAGUAGUAUGACUGGGGCCUGAAGUAUACUUUUUAAGAAACACCCUUGUGUGAGUCUUUUGUGAGGUCUUCGGACCAGGAAGUUCUCUUACAUCACAUCCUCACGGUCUGUUUUCGUUACAAGGACAAAUGUACAUGCAUGCUCCUCUUGCAGAAGUCAGUGUAUCUGACUGUCUUCUUCUAACACUGAGACCUGAUUAGAGAACGCUGAGCUUCUGCUCCUUUCCGGUGCUUGACUUGGGCAGGAGCUCAUCGGAGCUGAGUACCGGCACCUCAAAUGUUCUGCUGCUUGAGCUCCUGUUCCUCUUAUAGAAUAUUAGCUCAAAAGUAUUGUGGAGCUCCUGCACCUGAAUUUGAUCAGUACCGGCAGCCAGAAUCAAGUCCAGCGCUGCUGCUUUCUAUCCAGGUCAACACAUAGAAUGGGAUGACCCGACUGUGUGAUCUCACAGUUGUCUUUUACAUCACCUCUGGGGCUUGAUUCAACCCGUAUCACCGAAAUUCAGCGCUAUAGCGGAAGGUUGACGUUUAUUGUCAUUGAGUCUUGCCCUGGGAGCAGCAGUGAGCGAUUUCCGCUAGAUGGGCCAGCUGCAAAGCCAAAAUGGUCUAUUUCGUAAAAAUUAAUGAAAACUAAAUGUAGCUUUUUGGUCAUAAUUUAAGGUUAGAGUUAGGCAUUCGGGUUAGCGGUGUGUUUAAGGUUUGAGUUAAGGUUAGGUUGUUAUGACUUUGUGGCUGUGCCAGCGAGUGACCACUCUGCAGAGCUGACUCCAGGGCAAGAUUCAUGACAAUAAAUGCCAACCUGCAUUUAGCAUGCUUGAUUUCUGAUUGAGCCGACAAAAUGCAGUUUACUAUGAAUGUAGUCUCCAUAAACGUGGGAACAUUGCCAUUAAAUGUAAAUCGCGCUAUAACUUUGAACUUCAGCGAUAUGGAUUUAAUCGAGCCACCUCACUGGGCACAAACUGGUUGAAUCAACGUUGUUUCCACAUCAUUUAAAAAAAAAUACACGUUGAAACAACGUGGAUAGACAUUGAAUUGACGUCUGUGCCCAGUUGUCCUGGUGUGAUGUGUGAAGAAGCUUAACAGAUGCUUUGCGAUGGUUGGCUGGACUUUCAUGUGGAUUUGGCGACCCCUACAAGAUAAUUGAAGAAUGGCUUGCAGCAGUAUGGACAUCAUAUCAACUUGCGUACUCUUGAGUUUACAACCUAACUGUCAUUUGCAAUGCCAUUAUAUUCAAACAAAAGAGAAACCCGCACACUGCUCUUGCUGGUAUUACUUAUUUUGAAAUAUGCUUUAAUUAGAGCAAGAGCAAUGUGCAGGUUUCUCUUUUCUUUGAGGUUAUCAUAUUCCCUCGUACCUGCAACCAGAUAACUCAGAUGUGCGAGUGGUUU